AUGGGUAACAAUAUUUUUUCGUCGAAUAUUCAUCCUUCAGAUAGUCGAGAAAAUCUAUAUCCAGCAUAAAGAGAGACUAAUAAUGAUGAUUAAAAGUCUGAUUAAAAUGAAGAUUCAAGUCAUUAGCCUGUAUAAGAAGUAAGCAGUUUAUUAGAUCCAGAGCAAUCUCAAGCUAUUUAAAAUGAAGAUAGCAAAAACAAUGCAGAUGCAGAUUAAAAUGAUUGGGAAGAUGAAAGUGGGGACUAUGAUGAAGAUGAUGAAGAAGAUCUAGAUGAAUUAGUUUAAGAAGUAGAGGCCACUUAAUCAAAUGAGUUAACUAGUGAAGUUAAUAAAUAGUAAGAAGAAGAAGAGUCAAAGAUAAUGAAGCUAGGCUGCUAGCAUUAUAAAAGAGGGUGCUAAAAGAAAUGUCCUGAAUGCAAAGAGUUCUUUACUUGCAGAUUCUGUCAUGAUGAUGCAAAGUACCUCAAUGAAAAAGAUGUUAAAAAGUCUCAUCAAAUCGAUAGACAUGCAGUCUAAGAAAUCAAAUGCUUAUAAUGUGGCACUGAGCAAAAGGUUCAAUAAAUUUGCGAAUCUUGCGGACUUUGCUUUGCAGGAUAUUUCUGUGCUAUUUGCAAAUUUUUCGAUGAUGAGUUUGUGAAAAAGAAAAUCUUUCAUUGUGAUAAAUGUGGAAUCUGCAGAGUUGGAGGAAUAGAAAAUAAUUACCAUUGCGAUAUUUGUGGGUGCUGCUACUAGUUGGCGAUGAAAGACUCUCAUAACUGCAAGCCUUAAAGGCUGAAUAAUGACUGCGCUGUAUGUAUGGAGGAUUUAUUCUCUUCCAGAGAUCCCUCAGUCUUCCUUAGAUGUGGCCACUCUUUGCAUUCAAAAUGCUACAGCACUUAUAUCAGAAGGAAUAUUAUGUGUCCUAUCUGUAGGAAAUCUAUAAUUGAUCCUAAGGCAUUUGAAGCAUAAAUGGAUAUGGAAAUAGCAAGCACACCCAUGCCCGAGGAAUAUAAAGACACUAAAAUAAUGGUUUAGUGUAAUGAUUGCAGUGCUAAAAGUGAAGUUAAUUUCCAUGUUUUAGGAGCAAAGUGCACUCAAUGCAACUCAUACAACACUAGUUAGAUUUAGAAAUGA